AUUCCUGAUAGAUGGCUAAAAUGGCGAAAGCGUGUUCGACCCCAGCGAGCCACCAAACUGUAGCACUGUAGGUCGGAACAUGUAGUAGCUGAAGCUGGAUAUCAGUGUGUGUGUUUUUUUACACUCCCGUCUUUUCACCUGCACGUUGUCUUCUGCAAGUGCUGGAAUAUUUUCUAGAAGUGUUCAAAUGGCAUCCACAAGGCGCCGCCGCCUUGUUCCGUGCUUUUGGGGAAUACUCCUAAAUGCUUUAAUCGGUGUGAUGUGCGAAGCGGAGCUCUCCUUCACACUGGAGCCCAGUGACAUCAUUGCUGUACAGGAGCAGCCGCUCAUGCUCCACUGCCAGGUGGACGGCAUCCCCCCAAUUACGACACAGUGGAGGCACAACGGUCUGCUUUUAACUCAGGAUCAGCAUCACGCCACCUUCAUCAAUGGCUCACUCCUGAUCGCUCACUUCCAGAAGACCAAAUCCCAUGGCUCAUCUGACGACGGCGACUACGAGUGUAUGGCCCAGAAUUCUUUUGGGCUGGUGGUGAGCCGCAAGGCUCGUAUUCAGGCAGCCACUAUGGCAGACUUCCAUGUCCAACCAGAGUCGGUGCAUGCUGAGGAGUCCGGUGUUGCUAGAUUCCAGUGCCAGAUCCAUGGUCUGCCAGAGCCUGUCAUCAGCUGGGAAAAAGACAGCCGCCCGGUGUACACCCAGGACGAGAGAUACACUCUUCUGCCUACAGGUGUUCUCCAGAUCACAGGAGUGCACGAGGAGGACAGUGGGAAGUUCUGCUGUGUGGCCCACAACAGUGCAGGAGUGAAACACAGCACUGAAGCACUCCUCACUGUUUCAGGUUGCUCUCAGUCGUCUGUUUACAAAGAGCCUAUGAUAGUGGUCGGUCCAGAAAACCUUACCCUCACUGUUCACCAAACCGCCAUCUUGGAGUGUGUUGCCACCGGAUACCCUCGGCCCAUUGUGUCUUGGAGCAGACUAGACGGCCGUCCCAUCGGUGUGGAGGGAAUCCAGGUCCUCGGCACAGGGAACCUGAUGAUCACAGAUGUGGGUGUGCAGCACUCAGGGGUAUAUGUGUGUGCUGCUAACAAACCAGGGACCCGUGUUCGUAGGACUGCUCAGGGACGUCUGGUGGUCCAAGCUCCAGCAAAGUUCGUUCAAGCUCCGCAGUCCAUCGCUCGGCCCAUCGGCACCAACGCGGUCUUCACCUGCCAGGCUCAGGGCGAGCCGAAGCCCCAGCUCACCUGGCUGAAGAACGGACAGAUUCUGGAGCCCUGGGGACACAUCAAACUCAGGAACAACAACAGCACACUGACGAUAUAUGGUAUUAGCCAGGAUGACGAGGCUAUCUACCAGUGUAUCGCUGAGAACAGCGCUGGCUCCACACAGGCCAGUGCUCGCCUCACCGUGCUCUGGGCUGAUGGACUGCCCGGUGAGCCCACCCAUGUGCAGGCUGAGGCCCUCUCACCCACCAACAUCCGGGUGUCCUGGAAGGAGCCCGAUCAAAACAACCAGGACAUCAUCGGUUAUGUGCUCCACAUUCGCAGGACUUCAGACCCAGCGGAGAUGGAGUAUGAGGAGGCCGUCAGUAAGGUGACGCGGCAGCAAGUCAUCAGGGAACUGGAGCCCUCCACCAGUUACACCUUCUACGUCAAGGCCUACACAUCACACGGGGCCAGCAAACCAUCGGACAGUGUCACAGAGAGCACUCAUGGGGAGGUGCCAGCACCUCCUUCCCUCUACACCAAGGUGGUGAAUGGCAGUGUUAUACAAGUAAGGUGGGAACCUUCCUCCAAGAUGGGCCAACAUCAAGGCUUCAGACUGUAUUACAGAAGAGCCCACUCACCCCUGUCCACUGGUCCCAUCACAUUCCCUCGCAACGUCACCCAGUACAACAUCACUCAGCUGGAUCCUACACUGGUCUAUGAGAUAAAGCUUCUCACAUUCAACGAGCACGGAGAUGGCAACGCUACCCUACGAUUGGUUUCACUUCGGGAGGCGGUGGAGAAAUCUGUGUUGGACGCCCCAUGCGACUGUGUGAAAGAUGAACAGAGCAAAACAUCCACUACAGGCAUCAUAAUCGGCAUUCACAUCGGAGUCACCUGCAUCAUCUUCUGUGUGCUCUUCCUCGUCUUCAGCUACCGCGGCAGGUUAAUGAUGUGUAAGGCGGUUCAGGCCACCCCCCAGGCGGGGCACAGCACAGUGUUGGAAUCCUCUUCCUCUUCCCAGGGGGCCUCUGGGCUGAACGAGGCUGCCAGGAGAAAGAUGGAGGUCAAUGGCAGUGCAGCGGGGACGAAAGUGGCCGACAGCAACGAGCUGGAGAGACUUUUCACUCAACCUACACAAGAUACAUGCAUGUCUGACUCCUACGUGCUGAACGACACCCAGCUGUCUACGAUACCGCUGGACAAGUUUUCGGUGGAGCGAGAGACGCAGUUCCAAGAGCCUCCUACAGCUGGAGCGGCUCGGCAGGACCAAGGCUAAUCGUGUAUGAAGGCCAGUUCACUCGACACUGUCCACAGUGUCCACUUAGACUCUUCUCUUACUCAGGUUGAAAUUAAUGUAGUUUUUCCUUUUGUGCAAAGAUUUUUUUAUUGGUAAGUUAAGAAGUUCUAGAGAAUCUAGGACUGUAUAUCGGAGUGUUUUUGGCUUGAGGUGUGGGACAGCUCUCUUCUGACGGCCAGGCAGGCCAGCUUUUUCUUUUUUUUUUACAAUUUGGUCUUUUGUUAAUGUUUUGGUGUUGGGCAGCACACAGAAUAGAUUCUCCAGAAUGUCCUUCUUAUAAAAUGAUGCAUUUAUUU